UGACGAUUAUCCUCUCGCCAUGAGCACAGAGCAUAUGAGGCUGGAACAGGCAGAGCCACUGAGAUAAGUGUCCAAUGGUUGUGAACGCCUCAGGCUGGUGGGGCCCCAGCGUGGCCCCCGAGCUGGACCCCUGCAGUAACUACACAGCAGCCUGGCUGUGGCUGUCGUCUAUGCAGCCGACCUACCUGAGCCUGGUCAGCGUGGUGGGCUUGGUGGGGAACGGUCUGGUUCUGUGCGUGCUGUGCCUGCACAGGAAUCCAUGCACUGUGGCUGACGUGUACCUGGGAAACCUGGCUGCUGCAGACCUGGUGAUGAUGUGCUGUCUUCCCUUCUGGGCAGUGACUGUGGCCCAAGGCUACCAGUGGAACUUUGGGGAGCUCCUGUGCCAGUUGGUCAAUGUGGCCAUCUCUAUGAACUACUACUGCAGCAUACUGUUCCUCAUCCUGGUCAGCGUGGACCGGUAUCUGGCUCUGGUGAAGCCCCUCAGCUCCAGCUGUCUGAGGAGACGAGGGUGUGCCAAAGGCAUCUGCCUGGUGAUCUGGGCUCUGGGUUUUCUCAUGGCUCUGCCCGCCCUCCUCUUUCGUAGGGUGGUGUACUUGGAUGAUCCAGGUGUGGAUGCGUGCAUCCUGGUCUACCCACACCCAGCCUGGGUGGUUCACUACAACAGUGCCAGUAAUGUGCUGUGUUUCCUCGUACCAGUCCUGGUGAUGUCUUACUGCACCCGUCACAUCGUGGCUGCGCUGAAAGACGGGCGGGUCAGCGGAAUUCCCAGGGUUAGAGCUGAGAGGAAGGCCACAUACUUGGUCCUGGUGGUGCUGGCAGUCUUCCUCUUCUGCUGGACGCCCCACCAGCUGAUGCGGUUUCUUGACACACUGGAUUACUUCCACAUCACACCUGGAUGUCUCUGGGGUCACAUCCUGGACAUCAGCAUGCAGCUUUCUACGUAUUUGGCGUACAGCAACAGCGCUAUUAACCCCUUCUUAUAUGUUGUCGUGGGAAAGCACUUCAGGAGGAGGGCAAAGGAGGUGUUUAGCAAAACCUUGAAGCACAGAACCUCCCACACGGUGACCAUCACCUCAGUUUUCAGACUAAAUGAAUUGCAGCAUAAUAGCCUCGAGAAACUUGAAAAACUUGGAUUCAAACCAAAUGCAUCAAGACAACUGCUGAAGAGUUUCUGA